AUGGAGGAUGAAUAUUUGGGUGUUGGCGGUGGUACUGGAACAGGAUCACGAUCCAAUUCCAUAUCGUCGUUCCAAUCGAUUCAUUCGGCGAUGCACUCCGAUAGCAAUGUUGCGUCUGAACGAUCCGUGAAACGAACCAAUUCAAGACCUCCAAUACCAGCGCAUAUGUUAAACACACAAACAGCAUCUUCGUCGAAUGGUGGUGAAAAACACACUGAAAAAACUGUCGAUAAGGUUUUUUAUUUAGUGAAUUGUUUGAUUCAGUUUUUUGUUUUAUUCACUGAUGAGUCAGUCAUAUGA